AACGAAUUAAAAUACGGUUUUCUAAAAUUCGAGAAUUGCCGAUAUUGUUGUUUUCUGUUAUCCUUGACAACGUCCAAAAUGUAUAUUUUGGCUUAUUUGGCAUCAUUAUGUUAUAAGAAUUGAAUGGUUCGUAUGGAAUUUUAAAAGAGAAUUACAAUGUUGACGGCAGAAAACACUCAGUCUGUUAAGGUCAGACCAAUUGUACGGCCAUUUUAUAACGAUACCAGUGUAUUUAUAGAGGAGGAGCCUAUCAACUUUAUAAAACAAGUGCAACAUAAAAAUUGUAUAAGUUUAUAUCAUUAUAAAGAAAUACCACCAUUUCUAAGUGGUAAUCCAUAUAUUUUACAUGGUUACAGAGUUUAUCUUCCAUUUAAUUUGUGUAUAAAAAGUUUGUUUGUGUGGAGUAAUGAAACUAUUAAUAUUUGGUCACAUUUGAUUGGAUUCUUCAUAUUCCUGACUAUAAUGCUGUAUGAUAUAGUUGUUACUAUUCCUAAUAUUAAUGGAGUAAUGGCAGAUUAUUUCAUAAUGUCAUUUGGUUUGUUGUGCUUUCAGUAUUGUAUGUUGUGUUCAACUGGUUAUCAUUUAUUUGGUUGUCAUUCGGAGAGAUCGUGUGAAUGGUGGUUAGGUGUGGAUAUGGGUGGUAUAUCUAUAGGUGUUAUAGGAUGUUACAUACCUGCAGUUUAUUAUGCAUUUUAUUGUAUGACAAUAUGGAGAGAUGUAUAUAUAUUGUUAAUAUGUUUACUUACUGUCAGUACUUUGUUUCUUCAACGAUUUCAAGAUUUUUCAUCCAAACGCUGGUUUAGAAUGAGGAUAUUGAUAUUUACUGCAUUAGCAGCUUGCGGAGUUGUUCCAUCAGUACAUUGGAUCUAUUUAAAUAAUGGAUUUUCAGCAACAAUAGUUCAGAUGUUUAUACCAAAGGUAGCUGUGUUAUAUAUGCUGGGGAUUGUAGCAUUAGCUUUUUAUUUAUCCAGAUUCCCAGAAAGAUUAAGACCAGGCAUGUUUGAUAUGAUAGGAUCUAGUCACCAGUGUUGGCAUUUUGUUGUGGUUAUAGCAUUCUUAUGGUGUUACAACUCUGGAAGAGAAAUUCUCCAAUACAGAAUAAUUAACUCCUGUACUCUAUGAGAUGAUAUACUAGUAGUAGAUUAUAUAUUAGGUUAUUAUAUACAUACACUCCUUACAUGUAUGUUAUGAUAUAUAAUUUUAAUUUAUAUCCUGUGGCCAUUUUAUUUUAUUAGAUAAUUUUAUUAUGCAAUUUUAUUUACUGGUAUUCAUAUAUAUUAUGCAAGCCUCAAAAUCAAUUAAUUAAUUAGCUCAUACAUUGCCAAGCACAAACUCAGACUUCGUCACGCCCUUUUCCUCUGUUGGACACAGAUGUGUCUUAAUAUUUUGUUUUUGUUGGUAUUUUUAAUACUGCUACAUGUACAACAGAACGUUAAACAUACAUUAUGUAAGAGCUAAAUCUGCCUUUGCAGGUCUUUCUUUAGGCCGGAAACUAUUAAUUAGACAUUUAUAAACAAAACAAGACCAUAAUCAACUCUUGAUGCCAUCGGAUGACUCCAAUUUUAAGUAGAUUAGAAGGGUUCAGCAAUAUAAUCAUUUAACUUAUAAAUGGAGAAGCGAGGCUUAUUCGAAUGACCAGUACAGUGGUUACGAUCAAUGCACACAUCUUAUCAAAACUACAACCAUUGAUAACUUCACUCAAAAUAACGUAAUUUGAAUGAAAUUUUUAAUAUAUUCAUUUUCCAUUAUCUAUUUUUGAACUAUUAAAUGUCCCUUUAUAUAUGUCAGCUACAACUUGUCUUGUUCUACUAAAAUCAUUAUUUCAAGGCUUGGUUUACAUAUCACAAUUUUCAUUAUCAAUCAAUCAUUUGAACAAACUUUUUCAUUUAUUUUUAUGUUUUUAAAAUUCACACAGUUAGGUCUAGCAAUAUCUUUCUUCAGUUUAUGUUCAGUUGACCUGAGCUGACCUUUCAAGGAUUAGGGUCCCCUGUCCAACCUCGUGGGUUUUCUCCGGGUCCUCUGAUUCCUACCACUGCUAACUAUGUUAGUCCCAAAAUGAUCUAGUUUGUGUGGAGUGGGCGUUAAACCUCAUUUCUCUCUCUCUCUAUCCCUCUCUCUCUCUCUAGUGUCUAGGCAAUGUUACUUAUUGAGCUUUGAACCAUUAUGUUCAAUAUUAAUUAUGAGCAUUUUUUCAUAUCUCUCAAUAAAGCCUCAUUUUUUGUAUAAACAUUUUAUUAUGUCUUUCAAUGUGAUUUAAUGAGUUGGCUAAUCGGCCUCAAAAUUUUAUAAACAAUCAAAAUAGUAUGUCUGGUCUUCUUGUGUAUUAAAUAGGACACAAAUGUUAUUGAUUUCUCCGUUUAUUAAACUAAAACCAGAUUUUAUUAAAUUUCUAAAGAAUUUAAAAAAUCAUUUGAGCUAAAACAGUUCAGUAUUGACUUGAGACAAUUGCUUUAUAGAAAGGUGUCUCGCCACUCACCAAUAAUGUGGAGAUUAUUUUGAAACUGAUGCGCUUGCUUGACCUUGUGCUGGAAAAAACAUUGUUGCACAAAUUUUGUUUCACAACCUUUUCAAAGCUUUUUAAGUCUUUGUACCGUUUCUGAAUUUUUCCAUUGCUGUAUAUUUUCUGAUCAAUAGGAUGGUGGGGCUAUGUAAUGGUUUUUAGCUAUGAGUAGGCAGCAAGUCUGCAACUGUAAAAGUAUAGUGUGUUUAAAAGUCUUAUGUAUGCAUUCAUCAAAUAAUUUCAUUCUUUACUGUUUGUUUUUACAUGUUUUUACUAUCACAACAUUUAACACUAAUUUUCAUACAUUUUAGUCUGUUGUUGUUAAUGAAUUAAAAGAUUUUAU